AUGGAAACAGGAAAAAUCGAUGCCAGUCAUGCGGCGGCGUUGGCUGCUUUUAAAAGGCCGGGUAAGCCGUCUAAUACAAAGAACCCCUCUAACAAUAACCUACUUAGAGGUAACAGUGUAGGCCAAACAAUAUCAACUCCAACUCAUCCUAAUGCGGCCUCCACCACUAGCUUAACGUCCAGUAGUCUGGCAGUAGCUCAUCAUGGGAAAAUCGGAGCAAAAUAUCCAGCUACCUCAGCUAAACAACAAGUACGAAAUAUAUAUCUGACACUACUUAAUACCCCCAAGUCCUCCACGACAGAUUUGAGUAACAAGAGAGCCCCUUCUAAGAUGGCAACUAGCGCUGGAAUCGCUGCUGCAAACGCAAGAAGUGAACAACAACUGAGAGUUAAUAAUAAUAUAGAUACUCAGGAUCUGACACUAGCUUCAACUUCAUCCAGCUCAGUGUUAUCAAGCACAAGUGCUGCCAUCACUGCGGCACGAACUCUGCAUAGUCAUCAUCAAACACCCUCUUCUAGCGAUAAUGAGAAUGGAGAAAGUCAUCAUCAUUUAUCUGAUAAGGUACAUUCAUCGUCAUCAUCAUCCUUUUCACUGAGAAUUGCCAACAGACAAUCAACAGCCGGUCCCAGUGGUAAACGGACUGUUAUUACCGCACCAAAACAUACUACAACUAAUAAAUCCCAAAUUCAAGUUACAGAUAGUGGAACUAAUGAAGUACUAGCCCAAGGGAAGAUGGCAUCAUCAUCUAUGAGUCACAGUCCAAUGGCAUCAUCUUCCGAAGUAUACUCUAUUUCUCUGAGUAACCCAUCGCUGGCGGUGGUUGGAAGACUUGACUUGGUCAAAUCCCAAGCUAAAGCAAAGGAAAAUAUCAAACAGCUCAAAAUAUCAAUAGAUUCAAAGAUAACUUCUCGAGAUCAUGAACAUAGUCGUAUUCCAGGUGGUUAUGCUCCUCUGGAAAUGAUAAAAAAUGUUAGAGAUGCCAUUUCUUCUCGUAUGGUGUCAAACCCAACUGCUGUUCAACCCUCUGAAGAGAAUAACGCCAUGAUCCAAAGUAUUCGCGAUUCAAUCAACCUGAGACGCUUAAGUCACAUGUCUCAAAGUGAUCCCCAUCUUCCUUACCGUCUUUAUGAAAGAAUAAGUCCGUUAUGUUCCCCAGAUUCGGCGAAGUUGACGACAGAGGGUCAUGAUUAUUUUAGUAUUUUAAAGACAACUUCCAACCUGGCACCUGAAUUUGCUAAUUUUGACCUGAGUAAUGGAGGUCGGACUUCCAUUGAUAAUAUUAAAGACUUGAAGGCUACAACACACUCUCCACUACUUGAAGAGAAGGAAGAAUCAAACCUUCUGAACUACGGGCAUGAUUAUUUCACUUCAAAUAGAAGUAUAGCCGAGAGUCUCAGUGGGAGUGGGGGGAUGCAAUCUCCUAUUAGUGUUAGUGAGAAUCAAUCUGUUUGUGAAUCAGCAUUUGAAGAAGUAAAUGAAGAACUCUUAAGUGUUCCAGCGUCCCAUUUUACUUGUUCCGAUUCAGGACUGGAAUCGAGAUCAUUUGGUGGUAGUGGUGGUAAUAAUAGCAAUGCUAUAUUUCAACAUGGAAAUGGGUCAAGACUGGUGAGUAGUGAUUUCCUUCAAUCACCUUGUUUGGGAGUGGGAGGGAAGGCUAUUAGAGCACCCUCCUUUGCUAGUUCUCUGUCACUUUCAAGUUCCUUUAAAAACUUGGACUUUGAUGAACCUGGAACUCUCAUCGCUCCCAACAUCAAGUCCCCAUUAAGUACAUUAGCCAAUCAAGAAAUAAAGGGAAAUGGUGAAGGAAGUAGUAGUGGGAAAUCUAGACCAAAAAGGAAAGCUCCACCUCAAUUACUGUCACCUGAAUUACCGCCUACAACUAUUUCACCCAAGUUGAGCAAUAAAUCUAAUUCUUCAUUAGGCAAUACAUCUGGCUUAGAAGAUCAAACUGCAUUCCCCAGGUUCCCAGAAAUAUUCAAGCGUGGAAAAACAGACCCUCAGACACUGUUAUUUGGAAAGAAGAAAACAUCGAAGCAACAAAAGGGAGUUUAUUAUGAUGUUAAUUUAUUGGAUGAUGACCAUGAAAGUUUGAGUUCUGAAAUUCUCCCAACUUCAACGACGACGGGAACAACAGGAACAACAGGAACAACAGGACCAACUACCGCAACAGUAACACCAACAACACCAAGAGGUGUUUCUAAUCCAAUACGUUUAAAGACAACCAUGAGGGAUCAAAAGAAGAAUAGAAGGGAUACAUUUAAUGAAAAUAAACCAUGGAAACACCAUAGUGAUUUGAAUUUUCUUUCUGAGAGUGAAAGGAAGAGAUAUGAAGGUGUUUGGAUGAGCAACAAAGGGUUGUAUAUAAAGUCCGUUGCUACGAAGCUUGUGGGAGUAGAUUAUGAAGAUAAUAAUGAGGAUGAUAACAAGAAGUCAACCAUAGAGUGCACAACUUCAGAUCAAUCGUUAGUUGCUGCUCGAUUGUCUGCAAAUCAUAAAACGGCAGAUUUAAAAGCCAGUGAUGCACAAUUUCAUAAUUUGGAGUCUGUACAACCCAAUGAAUUGAUCCAUGGGAUUGUUAUAAAGCGGAUCUGGAAACGAUGUAGACUUCCUGAUUCUACGUUGGAAACCAUAUGGAAUUUGGUUGAUUUCCGAAAAGAUGGCACACUAAAUAAACCGGAGUUUUUAGUGGGUAUGUGGCUAAUUGACCAAUGCCUUUAUGGGAGGAAGCUUCCUAAGAAAGUGGACAACAAAGUAUGGGAAAGUUUAGGCAGCAUUGGAGUUACAUUAAGGAAAAGGAAGAGAUAA